AUGGAGUCCUAUAGUGAAAAAUUGACUACUCCCAAAACAACUGUAGUUGAUUUAAGUGUGGCAGAACUUGAAGAAGGCAAGAUAUUCAACAAAAAAGAUGCUGAUCUGGGGAUGGAGGUUGCCAAGCAAUCUCUAGGCUUAGAAGUAGAUGCUGAAACGAAUAAACGGUUAUUGCGUAAAGCAGAUUUGUACAUCUGCACUAUGAUGAGCGUUGUAUAUGCAGUACAGUACAUGGAUAAACAGACAAACUCUUACGCUUCUGUUAUGGGAAUGAGAAGUGAUUUGCAUAUGCAUGGAAAUCAGUACAGUUGGGUCGGAACCUGCUUUUACUUGGGUUACAUGAUUUUUGAAAUUCCAAGUUCAUUGGCUUUGCAGAGAUUUCCGAUAGCAAAGACCAGUGGACUAUUUAUUAUAUUGUGGGGAUUCGUUUUAUGCAUGACAAGCAUUCCAAAGACGUACGCCGGUUUCAUUGCCACCAGAACCGUGCUUGGUGUAUUAGAAUCCGCAGUUACUCCUGCGUUCAUGCUUUUAACUUCACAGUGGUACAAGAGAGAAGAGCAACUCCUCAGAACUUCCAUUUGGAGUGCUUCUGCUGGCCUUGGAGCCAUUCUUGGAGCGCUCAUUGCAUAUGGACUUGCUGAUCGUGAUUCAUCAACCCUGCCCAUGUCCUCAUGGAGACUCUUAUACAUUAUCUUAGGUGUCAUAACUAUUGCACUUGGUAUAGUGUUUUUGAUUCAUGUUCCUGAUGCUCCCUCUUCUGCGUGGUUUUUGAACGAUCAGGACAAGUUACUUGUGGUAGAGCGAAUUCGCUCUAAUAAACAAGGUUUCGGAAGUCGUCAUUUCAAGAUUUACCAACUCAAAGAAGUUUUUAGAGAUAUCAGGACUUAUUUGUAUUUUUUUCUAAUGGUUGCGGCAGAGAUUCCUAAUGGUGGUAUUGGGAGCUUCGGUUCCAUUAUGCUGACAGAUUUGGGCUAUUCCAGCAAAGAAGCACUACUAAUGGGAACACCAUUCGGGGCCGUUGAGUUCGGGGGCAUUGUUUUAGUAGGAUAUAUUGCGCAACGUACUCAACGCAGAAUGUUUGUUGCAAUGUUUAGCUAUUGCCUCAAUAUUUUGUCAGGGUGUUUACUAGCGUUUCCUACUUCACACAAAGCUCAACUGGCCGGUUAUUAUUUACAGGGUAUGGCAGUGAUCGGGUGGAUUUGUUUCAUAAGUUGUGUUACAUCAAAUUCUGCUGGGCAUACCAAAAAGGUUGUUACAAGUGCAAUCUGCAUGAUUGGUUACUGCGUGGGUAACUUGAUUGGACCUCAGACAUUUGUCAGUAAAGAAGAACCCCACUAUAGAAGUGCUAAAAUUGCAAUUGUCGUGUGUUUCGUAGUAUGCCUGUUUUUGACCAUUGCCGUAUAUCUCAUCAACCUGAGGGCCAAUCGACUCAGAGAUGAGAAAGACGAAAAAUUAGAUCCUUCUUUCAUAAACUCAGAAUUCGCUGAUCUUACAGAUUUCGAGAACCCGGAAUUCAGAUACGCGAUCUAA